AUGCCACCACCGAAUCAACCAACUCAACUACCAGGCCAGCAAUUGCCAGCACGAGAAAAUGGCCAAUUUAAAAAAUUGGUGCGUUUCUACGAACAAAAACAAUAUAAAAAAGGUUUGACAGCUGGUAGAGAAAUAUUAAAAAAAUUCCCAAACCAUGGUGAAACAUUAGCUAUGAAAGGUUUAAUCCUUAGUUCUAUGGGUAAAAAAGAAGAAGCGUUAGAAAAUAUUCGUAAUGGAAUUAAAAAUAAUAUCACUAGUCAUGUUGUAUGGCAUGUCUACGGUCUUUGGCAACGAUCUGAACGUAAAUAUGAUGAAGCAAUAAAAGCUUAUAAAAAAGCAUUACAAUGUGAAAAGGACAGUUUGACAAUUCUUCGAGAUUUAUCAUUAUUACAAAUACAAAUGCGUGAUCUUGAUGGUUAUAAAGAAACACGUCACCAAUUAUUUAAUUUAAAACCUGGUCAACGUCAAUCAUGGAUUGGUUUUGCUAUGUCAUAUCAUUUAUUAGGUGAUUUUGAUAUGGCACAAAGUGUUCUUGAAGAAUUUCGUAAAACACAACAAGAUCGUCCAGCAUCAGCACCAGACAAACCAUAUGACAAUGAACAUUCAGAAUUUUUAUUAUAUCAAAAUCUUGUUUUACGUGAAAAUGGACAAUAUGAAGAUGCUUUACGUCAUAUACAAACUCAUGAAAAAGAUAUUUAUAAUAAAUUAACAUUAGCAGAAAUAAAAUAUGAUUUAUAUAUGCGUAUGGGUACAAAUGAUCGUGCCGAAACAAUUUUACGAGAUUUAAUUGAACGUAAUAAUGAAAAUAAAAAAUAUUAUUAUAUGUUAGAAAAAUGUUUAAAUUUAACAAAUAUUGAUGAUAAAACAAAAUUAUACGAAAAUCUUAUGGAAAAAUAUCCAAAAGCUGAUGCACCGAAAUCAAUAAGUUUACAAUUUCUAACUGGUACAUCAUUCGCGAAAGCUAUUGGAUUAUAUUUACAACGAGGAUUUGAAAAAGGUGUACCAUCUCUCUUUCAAUCUGUUAAAUUUUUAUAUGCAACACCAGAAAAAGUUCAAAUAAUAGAUUCACUUCUAGCCACUUAUUUAACUAAUCUAACUAAAUAUGGAACAUUUGAAACACCAUCAAAUAUUGAAAAUCCAACAGAAGAAAAUGAACCAGCUACAAGUCUUCUUUGGCUUCAAUAUUAUCUUGCUCAACAUUAUGAUUAUUUAGGUGAUAUAAAAAAAGCUUUUCAAUAUAUAGAUCAAGCAUUGAGUGAUACACCAACAUUAGUAGAAUUAUAUAUGUUUAAAGCAAAAAUAUUCAAGCAUGCGGGUGAUUAUCAAACAGCAGCUUCUUGGAUGGAUGAAGCUCAAUUACUUGAUACAGCUGAUCGAUUUGUGAAUUGUAAAUGUACAAAAUAUUUCUUACGUGCUAAUCAAAUCAAUACCGCACUUGAAGUUGCUGGAAAAUUUACACGAGAAAAUUCUUCACCAGCAGAAUAUCUUCGUGAAAUGCAAUGUCAAUGGUUUGAAUUAGAAAUAGCACAAGCUUAUCGUCGUUUAAAAAAAUAUGGUGAAGCUUUAAAAAAAUGUCAUGAAAUUGAUCGACAUUUUCAAGAAUUUAUUGAAGAUCAAUUUGAUUUUCAUUCAUAUUGUCUUCGUAAAAUGGUACUUUGUGCUUAUGUUGACAUGCUUAAUCUUGAAGAUCAUAUAAAAAAUCAUCGAUUUUUUCGACAAGCAGCUGAAAUUGCUGUUGAAAUAUAUAUUCGUCUUUAUGAUCAUCCUCCUUCGGAAGAAGAUAAUGAUAAAAAUGACAAUCUUGCGAAUAUGUCAGCUGCAGAUGCUAAGAAAUUAAAAAAUAAAUUACGUAAACAACAAAUGCGUGAACAACAAGAAAAACAAAAACAAAUUGAAGCUGAACGACGUAAAAAAGAAUCUCAACGUCAUCGAAAUAAAGAAGAUGGUGAAGAAGAAAAAGUCAAAGAAGAUGAAAUUGUUGCUGAAAAACUUGAACAUUGUGAAAAACCAUUGGAAGAAGCUAUGCGAUUUUUACAACCACUUGAAGAUUUUUCUGGUAAUUUUGUUCAAACACAUUAUUUAGGUUUUCAAGUUUAUUAUCGACGAAAAAAAUAUUUAUUAAUGUUACGUUGUUUGAAACGAAUGAAAAAAAUAGAUGCAGAUAAUGCGAAAUUUCAUUCAUGUUUAAUGAAAUUUUUACAAUUAGUACAAAGUGAACCUAUAACUGAUGAACGAGUACGAACAUUAAUCGACGAUGAAUUAAAAACAUUUGGUGUUAAACAAGGAGAUUCAUAUAGAAAAGUUGAAGAGGUUAAUGCAGAAUUUAUUAAAAAUCAUUCAAAUUCAUUAACUCAUCGUGCCGAAGCUGCAAAAAUCAUGCUUCUUAUCAAUCCAGCAGACAAUAUCAAAGCUAUUGAAUUCGUUACAAGUUUAGAUUCAAAUUUUAUCGAUCAAAAUUUAAAAACAUGCUCAAAUAUUUAUGAAAGUAUGCAAAUGGGUGAAUAUGGUUCAAUUGAAUCUUCUACGCUUGAGAAAUAUCGUCUUGCAUGUGGUCAACGUUGGCCACAAGCAAAUAUUUUUCAAAUAAAUCCAACAUCAACAUUUGAUCAAUCUCAACCAAAUUCAUCUUGUGAUAGUCAAAUAAAUGGUGGAGGAGGAGGAGGAGGAGCUACAUCAGUUAAUUAA